CAAGCAUCAGAGUUCGUACAUCGUUCCACUUAUCUUAUCGGAGGUCUCAGUCGGAAUUGGCGGUUUACUUGGACCAAUACUUGGUUUUGAACUUAUCGAGGGUGUGGAUGUACCCGCUUCCCUACUUCGCCGUGGCCGGCUGCAUGCUGCUCGGCAUCCUCAUCGCGGUCGCCCUGCCCCUGGACUCAUGCGUUCCCCUGGAGAAGACGCUCAAGCUGAGCACCUGCAGCGCCGUCGCCUUCCUCGCCGAUGCCCGAGUUCUGGUGGACCUCGUCACGCUGGCCCUGGGAGGGAUCACCAUGGCUCACUUCGACACCACGCUCAUCGCUCACCUCACUUCCGUGAACGUGAGCGACCCUCACGCUGAUCACUCGUUCGCUGUCGUCUUUGGAGCUUACGCCAUCGGAGCAAUUAUUUUCGGCGUCGUCACUGCAAGAUUCGAAGCUGACGCCCUCGUCAUUUUCAUUGCCCAAUUGGUUUCCUGCGUGGCGUUCCUCUUCGUCGGACCCGUGCAGUUCAUCCCGAUUCCCACAAAACUUUGGCUUACACGCCUUGGAGUGGGACUUGCUGGCUUCGCUGCUGCCGGUCAAUUUCUGCCCGUGAUGGCCAGAGUUGUCCACAGCGCGACGUGGCGCAACCAGUCCAGUGAUUUAUGGACUAUCACGGCAGCUGUCGCAGUUUCAUACGCUGCCAGCCAACUGGGGGGCCUAGCAGCGUCAUUGUUUUCUGCUUACGUUGCCGAUGUCAGUGGCCCUGCAGCCGCCUGCACUGUUUUGUUUAUCAUACAGGCGUCGUGGGCCGUGGCUCGAUUCUUGGUCUGGAUAACGGAAUGCGCAAUGCACGCCCACGCAAGUCGAGUGUCCUGAAGCCCAUCUUCUAUUGCAGGCUUAUACCUUAGCCUGCCAUAUAUCAAUCUUCAUCCACGAGCGAUCAGUAUCGAAAUACGCCACGGGCGGAUCCAGCCACUCAUUUUAGGAUGAGGGGGCACCUAAACUAACACCGUAGAGGUGGGCGUGGUCGUGACUUUCUUGUUUAUACUAGCAAAAAAAAA